ACUUUAUACUAAGUCUGGGCGGCAGCCAUUUUGGUUUAUCCUUGCUUUUGAUUGCUCGACCUGUGUUGAUUGGAAUUGUGCAUUUUGGUUGUGAAUUGAAGCACUCUUCCAGAAUUGAAAACACUCUGUGUUAUAGAGCGACCAAUUAUUACCUUUUAAACGAAUCUGUACGUGAUCUAUCCAGACAGGAUAGAAUAACAGUUAUUUGUGGUGAUUGUUUAGAUUUGAUCAAUUGAACAAUUAUUGGUUGGAUAGCUGAGUGGUUAUAUUUGUUUAGAACCGUCAUCUCACCCAAUUACUUUGUUUUGGUUUCAAUCGGGCGAGGGCGCGUAUCUAACUCAUCCAGACAGCUGUCCUUCACUCCAAACCGUAGUUUGGAUCUUACAGUUCUAAACAAAUAAUUUGGUCGAAUUCGUUGGUUUUCGUUUCGCUGAUUUCAAUCAUUGUCUCUGGGAAUAUUUGGUCGUUCGCUUGCGAUGUCAAACGAUCGUCGAAAGAACUUAAGUCCAAGGCUCGUGGAAGCUAAAAGAGAUGAACAAAAGGAUGGAUCCCCUGAAUCAAGGCAAGUGCCUUAUGGUGCUUCUAUGUGUCAUGGUUCAUAUUCUAAUAGGGACGGUUGUAAUUAUAGUGAAUCUAGUUGUGAUAUAAUGGCAGAUGGAAUAGAAAACCUUAGUUUAGACGUAAAGCAAGCGAAAAGCGCGAUGCCUAUGGCACCUUUCGUAGGUCUAGAGUUACCAAAGGUUGAGUUAAGUUAUUUCGACGGUCAACCUAGAGGUUAUUGGAGGUUUUUAAGGGAGUUUGAGACCUAUGUGGAAUCAAAGGUCAAGGAUGAUGAUCAACGCUUGCUUUAUUUGAUACAUUAUUGUAAGGGUAAAGCGAAAACAGCCAUUGAGGGUUGUAUUAUGUUGGAAGCCUCUUCUGGUUACAAGAAGGCCAAAGAGAUUCUAAAACGGUUAUUCGGACAGGCGCAUGUAAUCGCUCGAGAGACACUAGAAGACUUAUUCAAUGCCGUGAAUUUUGAUUAUACCGACGGAGAGCAACUAUCAAACUUGGCUAUUAAAAUGGAAAACUGUGCUAUGAUCUUGGAACAGAUGAAUUAUGUCUCUGAUCUAAAUUCCUUAGUUACCUUGGAAAGAAUAGUGAGACUCUUGCCUCAGCCUAUGCAAACCCGGUGGGCGAACUGGGUGGAUGAAUUGACUGAAGAUAACAGGGAACCGACCUUUGGCGAGCUCACUCAGUUUAUCGCAUCGCGUGCGAGAGUGGCUUGUAGUAGAUUUGGACGGUUAGCAAAUCGUUCAAGAAAAGGACAUAACGUAAAGACGAACUGUCACGUGCAAUCGGAGCAAGGGAAUAGUUCGACAACGAAAACUAAAUGCAGUAUGUGUUCCUACGACCAUGCUAUUGAUAAAUGUCCCCAGUUCUUAGCGCUUACAGUUCAAGACCGAUGGUCUCACGCUAAAAGCAAGGGUAUCUGUUUCGUCUGUCUUAGACAAGGACAUAGAGUUACUGAAUGUAAGCUGACAAAGCGUUGUAACGUUAAUGGUUGCGAAAAGAAACAUCAUUCUUUGUUGCACAGCGAAAGUGAUAAACCUGGUAUCUCGAUUUGCUGCGGAUAUACUAAAUCACUAAUCAGUCAAGUGUGUUUAGGCAUGAUUCCCGUACGGUUGAAAUCGCGUAGAGCCGAGAUUGUGGGUUAUGCUCUCUUGGACAACGGUUCUGAUGUGACACUGAUAAAAUCAAACUGUUUGAGGUCUCUCGGGCUGAGCGAAGACCAAGCAUCAGUGGUAGUUGAGACUGUGGGCGGUAAUAGAACAAUGAAGGUCACGAGUGCGUCUUUUGAGGUAUAUUCUUUAGAUCGAUCUGAACAUGUUACGAUUGAAGGAGCUCUGAUUGUAGCAAGUAUACCAGGUCAUAAGCCAACAAAGUCAGCAAUGAACAACCUAGUUAAGUGGCCGCAUUUAAGUGAUGUGCCAAUAGAUAGCCUAGACUGUGAAGAAGUUUUACUGUUGAUUGGUUGCGACGUACCAGAAGCACAUUGGGUGUUAGACCAACGGUUGGGUGGAAGGAAGAACCCGUACGCUGUGAAAACGUUGCUGGGGUGGACGGUUUUCGGACCUGCGUCAUGCCCGUAAUAUAGGAGAAGUGUUGUUAACCAUACCAGUAAGGUACAGACAUUAGAGAACGAAAUACGUGAGCUUUAUGAUGUAGAGUUUUCAGAUGCUUAUUCAAGUGAUAAAUCAUUAUCAGUAGACGACAAGGCGGCUAUAAAGAUUGUGGAAGGGGGCACGCGCUUCGACAACGGUCAUUUUGUAGUUUCUAUACCGUGGAAAAAGAAUCCAAAUAUGAAAGUGGAUAAUUAUGAAGUAGCAAACCGUAGAUUACAAAGUUUGAAGGGUAUGUUGUCGAAGGAUGCCAGUCUGCACAUCAGGUAUAUCAACAGUAUUGAGAGUAAAUUUACUUAGACUUAUGCGGAGAGGGUCCUUGAAAUAUAUUUGCAGCCUAAUUAUCGCCCUCGAGGGUAUUUACCUUAUCAUGCAGUGUUAAACAUGAAGAAACCAGAAGAACUUAGAGUGGUCCUUGAUUGUGCCGCCGAGUUUGCAGGGGUUUCCAUGAAUGAUAUGAUUUAUCAAGAACACGAUACCACUGCUGAGUUAAUGUGCAUAUUAUUAAGUUUUUGCAAGGAGACAGUUGCAAUCCCUGCAGAUGUUGAAGAAAUGUUGAUGCAAGUGAAGUUCCCUAAGUCUGGUCGAGGAGCUUCAAGAUUUCUGUGGUGGCAGGAGGGGGAUAUGUCGAAGGAACCAUCUGAGUUUCAAAUGACAACUCAUGCAUUUGGUGCCACAUCAUCGCCGUUUCGUGCGAACUUUGCCUUCAAUAAGACCGCACAAAUAUUCUCUGACGAUAGUGAGUUUAGAAAAACUGCUGUGGUUAACUUGAAUAGUAUAAAGUACAACAUGUCACCUAUUCUCUCUUAUUACUCCGAGUGGUUGAAAUUAGUCAGGGCCAUAGCCUGGCUUAGAAGGUUCAUAGAAUUCCUGAUGGUACUUCGUUCCCCGAGUCAUGAAGGAUCCGUUCAUUUAGGAUGUUUAAAGGUCAAAGAGCUUGACAUCGCCAAGCGUAAAAUUUUAUUGAUGGUUCAGAAAGAAGUGUAUGGAGAAAUACUUAGUGGAUUUAAAAACAAUGGUAAGUUAGUUAGUCACAAUGAUCUGAAAGGCUUAUCACCGAUAAUGCUUGAUGGGUUACUCUGCGUUGGAGGUCGACAAAGAUACUCAGAUUUCCCAAAUACUUUUAAACAUCCAGUAAUUUUACCCAGUCGACACUUAGUGACGGAAAUGAUAAUUAGACAUUGUCCUAAAGAACAAGGACACAUAAGAAGAUCAUUAGAAAAAGGGUAUGGAUAUGUGUUUACUUGUUUGCAAACAUGGGCAGUACAUAUUGAAAUGAUGUGUAGUUUGAUUACUGAUUCAUUUAUAAUGGCCUUAUUACGUUGUAUUGGAAGAAGAAGAAGAAGAAGAAGAAGAAGGAAACCUCCGGAGAUUUACAGUGACAUUGCGUCAAGC